GCAGGCGCAUACCUGCCACCCUUGCAGCAGGUAUUUCAAGCGCCGCGUCGGCCCGGGAUAGGAACCGUUGGGAAGCCCAUCAAGCUCUUGGCCAACUACUUUGAAGUGGACAUUCCCAAGAUCGAUGUGUAUCAUUAUGAAGUGGAUAUCAAGCCUGACAAAUGUCCACGCAGAGUCAACAGGGAGGUCGUGGAGUACAUGGUACAGCACUUCAAACCACAGAUCUUUGGUGACCGAAAGCCAGUCUAUGAUGGGAAGAAGAACAUUUACACUGUCACGGCCUUACCCAUUGGAAACGAGCGGGUUGACUUUGAGGUGACGAUCCCAGGGGAAGGCAAGGACAGGAUAUUCAAGGUCUCCAUCAAAUGGAUGGCCAUCGUGAGCUGGCGCAUGCUGCACGAAGCCCUGGUCAGCGGGCAGAUCCCGGUCCCUCUGGAGUCCGUCCAGGCCCUGGAUGUUGCCAUGAGGCACCUGGCUUCCAUGAGGUACACUCCUGUGGGUCGCUCCUUCUUCUCCCCUCCUGAAGGUUAUUACCACCCCCUGGGAGGUGGCAGGGAGGUCUGGUUCGGUUUCCACCAGUCGGUCAGACCUGCCAUGUGGAAGAUGAUGCUCAACAUUGAUGUGUCGGCCACCGCCUUCUACAAAGCCCAGCCCGUAAUCGAGUUCAUGUGUGAGGUGCUGGACAUCCGGAACAUCGACGAGCAGCCAAAGCCCCUGACGGACUCACAGAGAGUGCGUUUCACCAAGGAGAUCAAAGGUCUGAAAGUCGAGGUCACCCACUGCGGGCAGAUGAAGAGGAAAUACCGUGUGUGUAACGUUACCAGGCGGCCGGCCAGCCACCAGACGUUCCCCCUGCAGCUGGAGAGCGGUCAGACAGUGGAGUGCACCGUGGCGCAGUACUUUAAGCAGAAAUACAACCUGCAGCUGAAAUACCCCCACCUGCCCUGUCUCCAGGUGGGCCAGGAGCAGAAGCACACCUACCUGCCCUUGGAGGUGUGCAACAUCGUGGCAGGCCAGCGGUGCAUCAAGAAGCUCACAGACAAUCAAACGUCAACCAUGAUCAAAGCAACAGCCAGGUCUGCCCCAGACAGGCAGGAGGAAAUCAGUCGCCUGAUGAAGAACGCCAGCUACAACCUGGACCCCUACAUCCAGGAGUUUGGGAUCAAGGUGAAGGACGACAUGACGGAGGUGACAGGGAGGGUCCUGCCAGCACCCAUCCUGCAGUAUGGAGGCCGGAACCGGGCCAUUGCAACCCCCAACCAGGGCGUGUGGGACAUGAGAGGGAAGCAGUUCUACAACGGCAUCGAGAUCAAAGUCUGGGCGAUCGCCUGCUUUGCCCCGCAGAAGCAGUGUCGAGAGGAGGUGCUGAAGAACUUCACGGACCAGCUGCGCAAGAUCUCCAAAGACGCGGGGAUGCCCAUCCAGGGCCAGCCCUGUUUCUGUAAAUACGCCCAGGGAGCAGACAGUGUGGAGCCCAUGUUUCGACACCUCAAGAACACCUAUUCGGGGCUUCAGCUCAUCAUCGUCAUCCUGCCAGGGAAAACCCCGGUGUAUGCCGAGGUGAAGCGUGUUGGAGACACCCUCCUGGGAAUGGCCACCCAGUGCGUCCAGGUCAAGAACGUGGUGAAAACCUCCCCGCAGACCCUUUCCAACCUCUGCCUCAAGAUCAACGUCAAGCUUGGCGGGAUCAACAACAUCCUUGUGCCUCACCAGCGCUCUGCGGUCUUUCAGCAGCCAGUGAUCUUCCUCGGGGCCGAUGUCACUCACCCGCCGGCAGGAGAUGGGAAGAAACCCUCCAUAACUGCUGUGCAUCCUUCGUGUCCUGCCUCUGCCAGGUUCCCCCUGCAGCUGGAGAGCGGUCAGACAGUGGAGUGCACCGUGGCGCAGUACUUUAAGCAGAAAUACAACCUGCAGCUGAAAUACCCCCACCUGCCCUGUCUCCAGGUGGGCCAGGAGCAGAAGCACACCUACCUGCCCUUGGAGGUGUGCAACAUCGUGGCAGGCCAGCGGUGCAUCAAGAAGCUCACAGACAAUCAAACGUCAACCAUGAUCAAAGCAACAGCCAGGUCUGCCCCAGACAGGCAGGAGGAAAUCAGUCGCCUGAUGAAGAACGCCAGCUACAACCUGGACCCCUACAUCCAGGAGUUUGGGAUCAAGGUGAAGGACGACAUGACGGAGGUGACAGGGAGGGUCCUGCCAGCACCCAUCCUGCAGUAUGGAGGCCGGAACCGGGCCAUUGCAACCCCCAACCAGGGCGUGUGGGACAUGAGAGGGAAGCAGUUCUACAACGGCAUCGAGAUCAAAGUCUGGGCGAUCGCCUGCUUUGCCCCGCAGAAGCAGUGUCGAGAGGAGGUGCUGAAGAACUUCACGGACCAGCUGCGCAAGAUCUCCAAAGACGCGGGGAUGCCCAUCCAGGGCCAGCCCUGUUUCUGUAAAUACGCCCAGGGAGCAGACAGUGUGGAGCCCAUGUUUCGACACCUCAAGAACACCUAUUCGGGGCUUCAGCUCAUCAUCGUCAUCCUGCCAGGGAAAACCCCGGUGUAUGCCGAGGUGAAGCGUGUUGGAGACACCCUCCUGGGAAUGGCCACCCAGUGCGUCCAGGUCAAGAACGUGGUGAAAACCUCCCCGCAGACCCUUUCCAACCUCUGCCUCAAGAUCAACGUCAAGCUUGGCGGGAUCAACAACAUCCUUGUGCCUCACCAGCGCUCUGCGGUCUUUCAGCAGCCAGUGAUCUUCCUCGGGGCCGAUGUCACUCACCCGCCGGCAGGAGAUGGGAAGAAACCCUCCAUAACUGCUGUUGUGGGCAGCAUGGAUGCCCACCCCAGCCGGUACUGUGCCACCGUGCGCGUCCAGCGUCCUCGCCAGGAAAUCAUCGAGGACUUGUCCUACAUGGUGAGGGAGCUCCUCAUCCAGUUCUACAAAUCCACCCGUUUCAAACCCACCAGGAUCAUCUUCUACCGCGACGGCGUUCCCGAGGGGCAGCUCCCACAGAUCCUUCACUAUGAGCUCCUUGCCAUCCGAGACGCCUGCAUCAAACUGGAAAAGGAUUACCAGCCCGGCAUCACCUACAUCGUCGUCCAGAAAAGGCAUCACACCCGUCUCUUCUGCGCAGACAAGAACGAGAGGAUCGGGAAGAGCGGGAACAUCCCAGCAGGAACAACAGUGGAUACAAAUAUCACCCACCCCUUUGAGUUCGACUUCUACCUGUGCAGUCAUGCAGGCAUUCAGGGUACGAGCCGGCCGUCCCAUUACUACGUGCUGUGGGAUGACAACCGGUUCACCGCGGAUGAGCUGCAGAUCCUCACCUACCAGCUGUGCCAUACCUACGUGCGCUGCACCCGCUCCGUCUCCAUCCCGGCCCCGGCCUACUACGCCCGGCUGGUGGCCUUCCGAGCCCGGUACCAUCUGGUGGACAAGGAGCACGACAGUGGCGAGGGCAGCCAUAUAUCCGGACAGAGCAACGGCAGAGACCCCCAGGCCUUGGCGAAGGCUGUGCAGGUUCAUCAGGACACUUUACGUACCAUGUACUUUGCUUGAAAGCCUAACUUUUGUUACCUCACUCAAGAAAGCUUUCAGAUUUGUAGGAGCCAUACAAAAAAGGAAGCGUUGGGACACCUUGUGUUUUUUUUCCAAUGAGAAAUCACUGCAGGGCAGGCAGCGUCGAUUCGAGGCAGGAGACCAGCACCACGGGACAGAGAGAUCCAACACCUUUGUAGGAUUGGAAGAGACCGAUGAUUAUUUUUUUAAUUUUUUUCUGGCUUUGCAAAAUUUUGACCUGACCAAACACAUGAAGGCAUUCAAGGAAAGGGAUAAAACUCCCAGGAGGCGGAAGCAGGUUUUCAUUUUUAAGAUGCAAUACUAUAGACUCCUGACUGUGAACUGGCGGAUUUGGUCCUCCGUUGCCCACCAGGCGCUGGUAGGUAUUUUUUGUGGGGGUUGGGGGGAGGGGAUUUUUAGAGCCUUAAAACAGAAGACUAGAUUUAUAAAACUAAUAUUUUAGAAUAUGAGAUGCUUUAAUGGGUUAAGGGGAAAAAAAAAACAAAACAACUAGUUUAUAGGAGAAUUCUAACACUAACAGGUCCCCCCUGCCCCCGAACGAUUCCCCCCCCAUAUAAUGUAAGGCACCCUAGCACUUAGCUCAGAACUGAGAACUGUCUUCCUCGUGUUAAAAGCUAGUUCGCUGCUGCCACUUGAAGCAACAGUCACAGACUUUUCCAUGGGUGAGUGCCUUACUACGAUGCUGCAAAAUUUCAAUGUUUUUAAUCUUGUAAGGAAAAUAGUAAUCUCGUCUUGAUGGUGGUCCAUAUUUCCAUCGGAAGGAGUUAAUUUUCUAUGGUCCUAAGUUGCAGUUUGUGUUAGAUCCCGACCUCAUGGUGGUUAAACUCCAUUGAAAGAUGUGCACUUUCAUACAGGACACGUUUAAUGGCUGCUGACCCAUUUUUGUUUCCAAUGUACUACUUGUUAUUUAAAACUGUUUCUGACAAAUGGGGGCAUCUUCAUCCCAUGAGGACAGAAAUUGCUAUCGAUUUUUUUUCUUUUUUUUUUUUUUUUCUUUUUCUUUUUUUUUUUUUUCCUGAAUUUUUAUGAUGGACACCGGGAUUUUUUUACGAAACAUU